CCAAAAAAAGGUGGAGAGAUCUUCCAGAAUUGCGAUUCAGAUUUAAUUCCGAUGUGCAUUUUAGCACAAGAUGUUGGCUCAUCUUGUAAUUGUUCUGCUUGUGGGGGUGGUGCUGGGUGCCCCAGCUGGUGAAAUUGAAAUUCAAGAACCAGAUAACGGUCUUGCGACCGCUUACGAACAAGCUGGAGAUCACUUCCAGGGAGAUAUCGUGCUGACGGAUAUCCAAGCAGAUGCCGUCGAAAGUGGGCGAACUGCUCUCAUAGGGCCGCAGUACAUGUGGCCUGAUCGAAUCGUUUACUACACAAUCAGGGCCGGAGAUUUUUCUCUUUCGCAAAUAACUUCUAUUAAACAAGCCGUUGAGCAAAUAUCUCUGGUAAGCUGCAUCAAGUUUGUAGAACGGACCAACCAGAAGGAUUACGUCCUCGUUACGGGUGAGAACACCGGAUGUUGGUCAUACCUGGGUCGUCGUGGCAACAGUCAGGAGCUGAAUCUCCAACCAGUUGGAUGCAUGAGUCGUGGAACGAUCAUCCACGAGUUUCUGCAUGCCCUCGGGUUUGUCCACAUGCAAAGUGCCUCCGAUCGGGACUUUUACAUCAGCGUCGACUGGAACAACAUCCAGACCGGAAGAUCUACCAACUUUGAUCGUUAUGCGUCGAGUAUUAUCAAUGAUUUUGGGAUUCCGUACGACUACGAAAGUGUGAUGCACUACGGAAAAACUGCUUUCAGCAAGAACGGACUGCCGACGAUCAUUCCUUUCGAUAAAACUGUGAACAUCGGGCAGCGUGUGGGCAUGAGCUACAAGGACAUCAAACGCUUGAACUCACUUUACACCUGUAACUAAAGUCCUUAAAAUAGUUGGUAAUCAUGGAAAAAAUAGAAAUUUGAAAUAGGUUAAGUGAGCUGUUUCCAAAUAAAAUCGUCAUAAUCCAAGAAUCUCAACAAAUUUUGCACACUAAUUUGUAGUACACCUUUUUUCAACAUGAUCUAUUCAAUAAAUAUUUUGGUAUCAUUUUCGCUAACAGUUA